AUGGGGCCGGAGUCAGCGACGCGGUACGUGGCGGCCGUAACGAUUCAGCGGUGGAUUGGGCGACGAAACGAGGUGACGCGUGCGAUGCGGCUCUUGGGCAUUCUGCACGCGCUGCACGAUGAGGCGAAAGGCAAAGUGACCGUCAUGCACCUCCUGCAGGGCAUGGAGAGCUUCACCGACGUGGCGGCCACGACAACAGUAGGCAGCAGUGAUGACGACGCUCCUUCACGAGAGGCGGUCAAUCUGCUGCUUGUUUUGGCUGUCGCGUACGCGGAAAGGCUGCACAGUGAAAACUACGCACGACAGCGCAUCUGCAGCAAGGGUGCGUCGCAGCUGCAAGGGGCACGCGAGGAGGUCAAGCGGGUAGGGCAGCCGCGUGACGCCAUGCAACGUAUGUUGCUUCUCCCAGACACGGUGCUGGAGCAGCUGGUGCUGGGUGUGAUGGCGGGCCGCAACCAGCAGGGGCCGCAGAGGGCACAGGGCCUGCAGCGGUGUCUGGAUGCCUCGUGUAUUACGUGUCUUUCACGUCUCGUUUGCGGUGUACAGGAGGCUAGGGAGGCAAAGCGGAUGCGAUCGCUGUGGUGGAGCCUACGGCGCACGCUCUUGGACACCCCCGUGGGGCUGAACUGCAUCGCUUCCGACACGCUGAAUGAUGUUCCGCCGCUCCCAAAACCGCCGGUGGUGCGGGUGGGGAAGUCACUUACGGCGGAAGGGGAGAGGGAGUCGCAGACGCCGUCCCCGGUGAGUGACGAUGAGAAGGAUGAUGCCACAUUUGAUACCAGCAGCGCCACGGCUGACGAUGACGACGGCGAGGACGCCUACAGCGACGAGAAGUACUACAAGAGACAGAAGAGACGGGAGGAGGCCCGUGUCGCUCGCAUCAUGUCUAUGCUGCAGAUGGAGGGCCCAACGACAACGACAACGACGGCGGCGGCGGGCGAAGACGGCAUGGACGAGGCGGGCGCCCUGAAUUUGUACAUGGAGUUGUUUGGCGACGUGGGGGAUGUUUUUUUCCCUACACUCAACGCAAUGAGGAGGACACCGCAGAAGGCUACCAAUGACGUCUCCAAAUGCUGCAUCGUGUGUGAGUUGCAGGACGAGAUGGAGGGAGUUGCGCAGUGUUCAUGCGGCAGCUGGGUGCAUGUGGGGUGUGCGGUUAGCGUCUCAAAUGGCGUGCCGUGCUGUUCACAGUUCUGUCCCUUGUCGUAG